AAAACGUUCACCGCUGACCCGUCGCAGUGUGAAAUCCUCAUGCUUCGUUUGACAGUGAUCAUUUGGAUCUUGGCUGUGCUAAGCGCACGCUCUUUCAGGGCUGAUAGCCAGGAGCAUGGCACCGCGCUGAGCCAUUCCGUGUCACAUGAGAUCGAGACCAUUGCAGCCAACGAAACUGGAGAUAUCGACAAGGCCAUUAAGAACGCAAAUGUGGCCUACAGGCAGAUCUUGCUUCGAGCGAAGCAGAUUAUCACCUUGUACGCAAUGACCAACAAUGGUGAAUGUCCUAGCUCAGUUCCUCUCGGUCUUGAGACUGGCUAUAGCUAUGGCUUGGGUUGUAAAUUUCCAGAUGCCUGCCAUUGUCCGAAGUCUCCAUUCAGCGUGUGCUAUACGAGAGGACUCUUCUCUCAGCCCAAUAUACUCACAAGCAAUGUGAUUGAAACAUUCGGAUAUUGUCGCACUGGCCUUUGGGUCUUCAUUUGCGGCGGUCUUGUCGUAGUUGCAGUGAUCGGCUUGGUGAUUUACUUUGUGAAGAAGAGAUGAAGCAAAGGACUCCAGAGCACGUGAACACAUGGACAGGAC